AGCCAUAAAGAAAACAGCAACUAGUUACGGUAACAAACAAAUGCAAACAAAAAAAAUGCAGUGACCGAAAAUUUAUUGUUCCAAGUUAGUUGAAAUUACGUUGUUGAUGUUUCACAUUGUUAUCAUCGAAGCCACAUUGUCAAAACCCACUCUUCUGUUCUGUUCCAUUCUAUUCCUUCUUUGUAUUCUCCAUCAUCUUCAAUAAACCAUCACUCCCAAAACCUUCUUCGAUCUAAUCGCUACCCAAAACAAAAACCCUUAUAAUCACAUCAACCCAUUUCACCAUUUUAGUUCUAAAUCAAUAAAAACCAUUUUUUGAUUCUUGGGUUUGUUUCAAAAUGUCUUCUUUCACCACUGUUCCUUGUCCUAAAUGUCUCUCUUUUCAUCAUUUGGGUUUGAUGAAUUCUCAGACUCCUUCAAGACAGAAUGUGCAGAUGGGGUUUAACAAAUCUCAGUCAUUUGGAUCUGUGAGUUGUGAUUUUGUGUCUACUGGGAUUCAGUGCCUCGAAAGGAAGCAAUCUUCUGUCUGGAAGUCUCAAGCACAUCCUAAUGAGGCUGCUACUAUUGCAAAUUCUUCAAAUUCUGCACCUCUAUUGGUCAAUGAACCUAAGGUUGCUUCACCAAUAGAGAAAGAUAACCAAAAUGGGAAACCCUCUGGUCCAAGCACUUCCAUCGAUGCAUCUUCAGUUUCCACAUUUAUGAAUCAAGUUUCAGAACUUGUUAAACUUGUGGAUUCUAGAGAUAUUGUGGAGCUGGAACUUAAGCAAGCAGGCUAUGAGCUCAUGAUAAGGAAAAAGGAAGCUUUACCACCUCCACCAGCGCCGCAACAACAAUUUUCCUAUCCCGUAUAUCAUUCUCCACAAGCACCACCACCACCACCACCUGUUGCAACUUCUGCUCCUGCAAGUGCUCCACCUUCAAAAGCAGUUCCGGCAUUGCCUCCUCCGAAAUCAAGUGCAUCAUCUCAUCCACCGCUUAAAUGUCCGAUGGCAGGAACUUUCUAUCGAAGUCCGGGACCUGGCGAACCAGCAUUUGUUAAGGUGGGAGAUAAAGUGCAGAAAGGACAGGUUGUUUGCAUUAUUGAGGCUAUGAAGCUGAUGAAUGAAAUUGAAGCCGACCGAUCAGGUACAAUAGUUGAGAUUCUGGUAGAUGAUGCGAAACCAGUCAGCAUAGACCUGCCUCUUUUUGUAAUUGCACCAUGAUGAGUACUAGAAGAAGGGACCUUACAUUGAAGAUGUUGGAUGAACAUGGCUCAAGAUUGUGAUAAUGGCACAACAUUUUUAUUAUUCAGAUAUAUAAUUACUGUGCAAUAAUAUUUGUCCCAAUUUAGAAAAUCAUUUUAUUUAUUUAAAGAGACAUUUCAAGACAUAAAUGCCAUGGCAUAUUAGAAAGAGUGUUGGAAUUUGUAGUUUUAAACAGUUUGAAAGUGAACAUUUAAAAGUUUUUUUUUUUUUUU